AUGACACCGGUGUUUCCUGACGAGGUCAAUGUGGCGAGUCCAAUAAACUUCAAAGGAGACAACACUUCCUACCUCUGGCACCUUCGACUUGGCCACAUUGGCCAUGGUGGUCUAGACGCCAUCGUCAAGAAAGAUUACGGCAGUGGAAUCGGCAUGAAGUCUGUGCAGAAGUGGGAGUUUUGUAAAGGAUGCGCACUUGGCAAACAAACACGUGUGAGCUAUAUGCCCAAGUCACCCGACCGAGCACGUAUGUUGCUGGAGGUCAUUCACAGCGAUGUGUGUGGCCCCAUGAAAACUCCUACCUUCAGUGGAAAACGAUACUUUGUGACUUUCAUUGACGAAUACUCGCACUACUGUGUGGUGUAUCUGCUUCAAAACAAGUCUGAAGUAGCGACCAAGUUCGCUCAAUUUGUUGCGUUGGCGGAAACCCAAACUGGCAAACGUGUGAAGACUCUUCGAAGCGAUAAUGGUUGUGAGUACACUUCCAGAACGAUGUCCAAGUUCUGUGCGGACCAUGGUAUCAUGCAGAAAUUCACGCCGCCUUACACUCCUCAAUUGAACGGUGUCGCCGAGCGAAUGAAUCGGACAUUAGUGGAAAGCGCUCGUUGCAUGAUGGAACAUGCUGAGUUAUCCAAGUCGUAUUGGGGUGAGGCAGUCAUGACUGCGAACUGCCUACGUCUUCGCUGUCCAAGUCGUUCAACAAGUCACGACAAGUCACCCUACGAAGUAUGGAGUGGUAAGAAACCUAUACUUGCAAACCUGAAGGUGUUCGGUUGUCAUGCAUACGUGCAUGUGCCCAAGCCAAAGCGGUUCAAGCUCGAUGCAAGAUCGAUUCAGUGUCGGUUCAUUGGAUACUCCGACCAUGAAAAAGCGUACCGUUUCGAGGAGAUCAAGAGUCGUCGUGUACUGGUCAGUCGCGACGCACAGUUCAUGGAGAAUGUUUUCGACAGUGGGAGACGUGACUAUGUGCAAGAUGGAGCCGUCGUCGAAGAAGAAGCUUUUAUGGAAGAUGAGGAUGUACCUAUGGAGGACUACUCCUCUCAUGACACCAGCAACAUGAAUUUUGAAGAGGCUACAAUGGAUGGCGUUGAUGAACCCGGCGUUAAGAGACACCAACGCACACAGUCGCUCGAGGCCUUGGCCAACGCUCCUGAUGCGAAACGUCGAGCUCGAUACCUUACCAUGGCCGAGAUGUCUGCGACUGCUGAUACCAGUCACUCUGUUGAGACUGCCUACGUCGUGGAUUCAGUGGGAGAUUUACCAAGGACAUUCAAGUCAGCAAUGGAAUCCAGCGACGCAGUCAAGUGGAAAGAGGCUUGUGACUCCGAAAUAAAUUCCCUUCGUCAAAAUGAGACCUGGAAUCUCGUGCCGCUUCCACAGGGACGCAAGGCAAUUGGUAAUCGAUGGGUAUUUCGGGUAAAGGAGACCAGGGAUGGAAGAAUCGAGCGGUUCAAAGCGCGUUUGGUAGCCAAAGGUUUCUUACAGAAACAUGGCAUUGACUAUGACGAGACCUUCGCUCCUGUGGCCAAGUUCACAUCCAUCCGAGUUUUACUCAGCUUAGCGGUGAAGUACUCGUUCAUGAUUCACCAGAUGGAUGUCAAGACAGCAUAUCUAAAUGGACAUCUUGAGGAAGAUAUUUACAUGGCGCAGCCGGAUGGAUACGUUGAUGAAGAUCAUCCGGACUUUGUUUGCCAGCUAAAGCGCUCUCUAUAUGGUCUGAAGCAGUCCCCACGGAUGUGGAACCAGACCAUUGACAAGUUUAUGCUGGACUUGGAUUUUAAGAAGUGCAAGACCGACCAUUGA